GUUCAUUCCAUCUAUAGGUGUUUGGGUGCUGCUGUUUAGUCAUAGACUGACAGAAAUCGGGAGAUUUUCGUUAUAAGUGGUUGUUGAGGGUAAAACAAAAUGCUGGCGCUGAUCAACAGAAUAUUAGACUGGUUCAAGAGUCUCUUCUGGAAGGAGGAAAUGGAGCUGACGUUGGUUGGGCUCCAGUACUCUGGCAAAACGACCUUCGUCAAUGUUAUUGCUUCAGGGCAGUUUAGUGAAGACAUGAUCCCUACAGUGGGCUUUAACAUGCGAAAGAUCACAAAGGGUAACGUCACCAUCAAGGUCUGGGACAUUGGAGGACAACCACGAUUCAGGUCUAUGUGGGAGCGAUACUGUCGAGGUGUAAAUGCCAUAGUAUAUAUGGUAGAUGCUGCCGACCCAGAAAAGAUAGAGGCAUCACGAAAUGAGUUGCACAACCUUCUAGACAAGCCCCAGUUAGCAGGUAUCCCAGUCCUGGUGCUAGGGAAUAAAAGGGACCUACCAAAUGCUCUUGACGAAAAAGGCCUUAUUGAGAGAAUGAACCUAUCAGCCAUCCAGGACAGGGAAAUCUGCUGUUACUCCAUAUCUUGCAAAGAGAAAGACAACAUUGACAUCACACUUCAGUGGCUCAUCUCCCACUCCAAGUCUGGUGGGCGCUAAGCCAUGGCCCUCAUACCGUCUGUGGUCAUCCCUUUCCAACAAUGGUGGAGUAAGUGAAGCGUCCAGAGAUUCUAAGGAGUUGUUGGAGAAAGUAUUUGCUACUACUGUACUGUAUAAGAAUGGGUGGGGGGGGCAGAAAUUUUAAUGGACUAGUGAACUGUAGAAGGGAGUGUAGACUGGGGGAAAUUUGUUUAACUUGAGAGAUUUAAUUGUAGAAAUUGUUAAUUGAUGAUGAAUAUGGGUUUUAAUUAUGCAUAUAACAAAUAAAAGAGUGGGAAUAAAAGUGUAGUCAUGACAAACUAUUGAGCUUCAUUUUGUGAUGCAUAAUUUUGUUCAUAUGAUUUGUAUGGCUAUCUGAAUUAAUUUGAGUAAAUUUGAAAUGUUAAAAUAAUUUUCAUCACUGGAAACAAAAAUAUCCAUUGGUGGAAUUGAAGUCUAGGUGAAGCAUAAGUUUCAAAAAUAUAAUUUUACUGUAUGAACAAGUUUCUGCUUAUAUAUAUAUAUAUAUAUAUAUAUAUAUAUAUAUAUAUAUAUAUAUAUAUAUAUAUAUAUAUAUAUAUAUAUAUAUAUAUAUAUAUAUAUAUAUAUAUAUAUAUAUAUAUAUAUAUAUAAGGCAUAUGCUCAUGUAAUUUUGUAUAGAUGAUAUACAAUAUAGAUAUUGAUUCCCCAUACCUUACAUGAGCUAAAGGUUAAGACCGAGAGUUAUAAUGGUGGCAAUCUUUUCUCAUUUACGCUUAAUGUUCCAUGAAGUGAAGCCAAAAUGUUUUUCCUUGUGAUUGUAAAUGUAACUCUAAAAUCCUUCUUACUGGAUUUUCUGACCAGAAUGAUAGUAAGAAGGAUAAUUGUAGAUACUUGCUAGUUUGAUUUGCAUUGUGAAUGUUUAUCCCAGAUUUGUAAAAUUGUUUCUGUUGAAUUAGGUGUUUGUCUUCCUGGGUUUUUAUAUUCCUACGGUAUAUAUUUUAGGUUAAUCUAUAUUUUUUUUUUACCCGAAUUUGUCAUUGUAGUGGGAAAUUACAAACUCUGUCGUAUUAACCAAUUUUUAUAUGCAGUAUCCUGUAAUUGUGUUGUGGUUCAAAACAAUUAUAAAAACUGAAUUGGGUUUGGGAUAUUAUCAGCUUAAUGCUAUUUCUUGUAGAUCUUUCUGUUAAGUAAAUAUUAAUAAAUACCGUAAAAAGUAUUUGAAUUACUUUUUUACCAAUUACAGUAGUUGGUA